GUAAUUAAGGGAUCUUGGAGGCGUAUUCGCUUAUGACGCGUUGCUUUUCUUUUGCCCUCGGUGAGAAAGUGGUUCCUUCUUCCCUGGAUCAGGACCUCUGCCACUCCACAAAGAGACAUUCUGGACAUACCCUCUCUCGCACACACACCCACAGCCACAGACACACUUAAGGUGAGCGAGAAGCGCUCAGCCUCCACUUUACCUCCUGUUUCCAACUUUUGCGGUACUUGAGGGCAUCCUAACUUUUGGAGCUCGGGACAAGGGAAGAAGAUUCUUUUGCCUCUAAAGAUGAAGAGUCUACUUUUUCUGGUGCUGAUAUCUAUCUGCUGGGCUGAACAUCGCACCGGCAAUUCCUCUGAGAAUCACGACCGAAUCAUUCACAUCCAAGCAGAAAAUGGACCCCGUCUCCUUGUGGAAGCAGAACAGGCUAAAGUCUUCUCCCACAGGGGUGGGAAUGUCACGUUGCCGUGCAAAUUUUACCGUGAUCCUUCAGCACUUGGCUCAGGAACCCACAAAAUCCGGGUUAAGUGGACCAAGCUUACUUCAGAUUACCUCAAGGAAGUGGAUGUUUUUGUUUCCAUGGGAUACCACAAGAAGAGUUACGGCAGCUAUCAGGGCAGAGUGUAUCUGCAGCAAGAGAGCGACAACGAUGCUUCCCUUGUAAUAAUAGGCCUCACACUGGAGGAUUAUGGCAGAUAUAAAUGUGAGGUGAUUGAAGGAUUAGAAGAUGAUACUGCAGUUGUAGCACUGGAUUUACAAGGUGUGGUGUUUCCUUACUUUCCACGACUGGGUCGCUACAAUCUCAAUUUCCACGAGGCUCGCCAAGCUUGCCUGGACCAAGAUUCUGUGAUCGCCUCCUUCGACCAGCUGUAUGACGCGUGGCGCUCGGGACUGGACUGGUGCAAUGCGGGCUGGCUCAGUGAUGGGUCUGUGCAGUAUCCCAUCACCAAGCCCAGAGAACCAUGUGGCGGCAGGAAUACUGUGCCAGGAGUCAGGAAUUACGGAUUUUGGGAUAAAGAUAAAAGCAGAUAUGAUGUUUUCUGUUUCACCUCCAACUUCAAUGGCCGUUUUUACUACCUAAUCCACCCCACCAAGCUCACCUACGACGAAGCGGUCCAGGCUUGCCUCAACGAUGGAUCGCAGAUCGCCAAAGUAGGCCAGAUAUUUGCCGCCUGGAAACUGCUAGGAUACGACCGCUGCGAUGCCGGCUGGCUGGCUGAUGGCAGCGUCCGCUACCCCAUAUCAAAACCCAGAAGGCGCUGCAGUCCGACAGAAGCCGCGGUCCGCUUUGUGGGCUUUCCAGACAAAAAGCACAAGCUGUACGGUGUCUACUGCUUCAGAGCCUACAACUGAGACUCCCCUUCCCGGCACAACAGUUUUAAAUUCAUUAAGAACAUGUGAAAGAUUUCUUUUCAAUAUGAACUCAUGCAAGUUACCAAAACUGUGAUAAUCCUUUUUUACUUAUUGUAAAAAGUCAUUUUCAUAAAAGCCAAUACAUUAAUUUGUUUUUGUAAGACUAUCAUUCAAUAUAUAUUAUAAAUUAAUAUAAUUUUAAGGGAAGCUUUAGAGCCCAACCGUUUAAGCUUCGUCAUCUCAUCAAAUAUACUUUCGUGACUGGGGCAUGCAAUAGCUUGACAAUUGCUAGGACUAAAUUAAGGAAUGUAAAGCUACUCAAAGCAGCAGCCUACACAAGCACAAAUUUUCACAUUUGUACAAUUUUGAGGUGCACUACAAGAAACAAAUUAGACCUGCAGAUUUGAGAUACAACCAUCUUUUCAUAACUAAAGUCUCACCAGGGAACAAUAUAUAUUUUUCUAAAUGUCAGUAUUUAUGAGGCUCCAAUAAACAGGGUUUCUUAUACUGUUUAAAAUCUUGCCUUCUGAUAAAAAUGAAAUCUCAUAGUGAAUCCCAAGGCAUCGCAACAAGCACACUUUGAUCUCUUUACAUUUGCGUGUAGAACGUGGGAGAGCAGAUGAUUGCAAAUUAAGGAGUGAACCCUGCUUUCUGCUGAAUAAAAUGUAAAAUGCCUAAGAAGUGUCGUAUUACUUUUGAGUAGCUUUACUGAGUUAUUUUUAAACUCUAAGGGCCAUUUGCUAAGCCGCAUUUAGCAUCUCCUCAGGGCAGUUAUAUAAGUGAACUGCUGGACAGAAAAACUAAGAUUUAGCAGCUUGACUUUACAUUAGCUUAUGAAAUGUUAUUGUCUUACAAGAGAUCUUUAAAGUAAUGUUUCUUUCAUAGUUACAUUUCACACAAAAAUAAAUUUGAAAGCAUGGAAAAAAUAAAGACUACACUUAGACUGAAAGAGAAAAAGACUACAACAUCCCAGAAAGCACCAAGUGAUUUCAAAUUACUUUAUCAAUCAGUCAAUCAAUCAGUGGGAUUUAUUGAAUGCUUACCAUGUGCAGAGCACUGUGCUAAGCACUUGGGAGGCUACAACAGAGUUGGUAGAAAUGUUCCCCUGCCCAGAGUUGGUUCAAAUGUUCCCUGAACUUAGAGUUGAAAAGCCGAUUUGAUUAAGGAGCCCAAAAAAGAGCCUAUUUAUAAAUCCUUAAGGAGAAAAAGGAAAUGGGGUGAGUUGCUUGAUCAUCACUAGGCUUGGAAAUACUCCAAUCAUUAUCUAACUUAUUAAAAUCUGCAGGAUUUCGAUGAAGAACUUAGUUCAGAGAAGGCAUUUACGCUUAGCCUCACUCUUAAAAUAAAAACUCUAGCUCUGUUUUCAUGUAGUCAAUUAAUAAUGACUCUGGAGACUCCCAAAGGGACCAAUAUUUGUACUUUAAUCAAAUUUGAUAAAAAUUUCCCGCAUUUCCAUCAUUAAUUUGAACAAGUGAUAUUUAGCUGAUUGAUCCAAGUAUGACACAGCCAGUUUGCUUUCAUGAAUGUUUUUGUGUAGAAUUUUUUUUUUCUCCCCAUGACAUGAGUAAAUAAAUCUGUUUCCUUGAACUGAUUGUGGUUGCAUUUUAAAGCUCUGUAAGAAUUCUAAUAAAUUUAUUAUUGAAUGUAGUGUUUGUGUGUGGAGGGUAUAGAAUUGCCAUUGGAGUCCACAGUAUUAUGACUAAAUUCGUAUAUUAUCUAUUGUAAAUAAAGUGUAUCAUUUCUCUCAUCAGGAGCCAGGAUUUCUGGAUAUCAUCAGAUGCUGUAGUCUUAAAAGAUGACAAUUGUAUGCAUGCAUAAUUUUAAAGACUCUAGCUUAUAUACAGUAUAUAUUUAUAUAUAUAUACAUAUAUAACAAAUGUAAAAGAUGUAUAGAUCCAAAGAGUUUGUGAGUUGUAAUCCUAACCACAGUGGUUAAAUUAAGAACAAAACUCAUACUCAUAAGGUAAGGAGGUUUAAUGGACUAGGAUAAGAUAAAUAUAUUAUUUUAAAAAAGGCAGGACCUGGGGAUCUUAUCCUGGCCCAUGCAUUCUCUCCCAACAGGGAGGAAAGAUCACUUGCAUCAUUCAAUGUUUUAGCGGAUAGGUUAACUCACUGGCAUGAGCCGAUGAGAAUUAUUAGCUAUAUUUUAAGCACUUUACGAAGUAUGAAAGUGUGAAAUAAAUUACUAGCGAAAUAGAGAGAGGACACAUUUUCACAGCUACUGCUAGAAAACUCCACUCCACCUUUGUAAUGUUAAGACAGAGUAGCAUUUCUUAACUUUUGAAUAAACUUACUAGUAUACAGGAAUUGGUGCUGAUCCAAGCCUCUGAAGAGGACUGUUGUUUCAAUUCUAUACCAAGUUAUCACCAUUUUUCAUUCUGGUAAAAAGAACACCUGUACAUUAGAAUGCAGUACUGUGGGACCAUGUUUUCCCUUUCUGAUCCCUCAGAGAAUCAGAAUUCCUGUGCCUUUGGGGUUCUGACUUCAGCAGUGAGAUCUUGGGAUCUCAAUUUGCUUUGUUCUGGCCAAAUGCCCUUUCUUUAACUUCUUUAUCUGAAGUGACUCACCACCUAGAGGACUGAGAAAGAGAACAUAGAAAACUCUUAGCAAAAUGUUCAUACAGCUUGGCCAAAAAAAAAAAAAUCUACAAAAAACAAAAAACCUCAGAAGCGCUCCUCAGACAGGGUUCUAAGAAGAGUUGGGUGGAAAGCUGAGGGUGGGAUUGGGAAAUCCUAAUUUUAUUAUUAUAUCCAGAAUGAAAUAUUGUGGUUCGUACUGGGAACAAAGUAUAUAAAUAUAUAUAUAUAUUUUUUGCUCUUCCUUCUUACAAUUUUGUCAAAAAACUUAGUCCUGUAAAAAAGGGUGGUUUGGGAGUGAAACCAUAUUAUGCCGACCAACACUGGUGCCAUGUUUUAAUGACUGCUGCAUAGUUUACCACAGUAAUUUUUAGUCCAAAAUGGAAUUUGUAAAUUUAAAUUUUCUCUCAUAGGAAAGGGGCCGGUCCCUGUUAAACUUUUAUUUUAUGCCUUUAGGUAGCCUAUUAUGUUGGGACCUAGACCCUGGUUCAAAGGAGACUCCAAUUUGGUUGCUGGCAGCCAAACUGAGUUUCUUUGAUUUCAGUGCUCCAGAGAAUAUAGUGGUCUCAUGGAGUAGUUCACCACUACAGACGGGAAGAAGAAAGGGAUUUGCUUAUCAUUUUUCAGCUUGGAACACCCAGGGAGGAAUCAGUGAAUUGUAGUCAGACCGCUUUCUGUUGGGAAGUUUACUGUAUCAUAGCUCACUACUGCCAGAGCAGCAAUGGUGUAAAACAGCCAGUCCAAAUGACAUGAAAAAGACGCCACGAAAAAUAUUUUAGAAGAAAAUCUACAUGUAAGGCAAUUUAAUGUGCACUAUCGUCAAGAUUUCUGAGGUCAAGAACCAAUCUGUAUAACCAAAAAACAAACAAAAAAACAAAAAAAAAAACUUGUUUUCAUUAUUCUGUAAUAGACUAUGAACUGGUAAACAAAGAUUAAAAGUGA